AUGGCGAGCUUAUGUGGAUCGUGUACGAAAACAACUCGAAAUACCUACGCAUUAAACUGUACAAAAUGUGAAAAAUGGUUCCAUAUGGAGUGUGGAGGGCUCACAAAAGAUGGGCUGAAAAAAAUUGAGGCUGAACUGAAGAAACCAGACGGCAAACGCUGGAAAUGUGCUGGAUGCUCGGAGAGUGAGGUUAAGGAAGGCAUGGGAGAUCCAACACUAAAAGAUCUAAUGUUAAAACUAAUCCAAAUGGACCAAAAAAUGGACGAUUUAACAAAAAAAUAUGAAGAGCAGCUAAAAAUAAACAAAAACAUGCAAAUUGAAAUAAAUAAUCUUCAAAAGAAGGUAGUUAACCUAGAAAAUGAAAAAAACCACAUCGAACGGAAAAAUUUAAAAAACAAUAUUAUAAUAUCAGGAUUACCAGUUGUAAAAAAAGAAAAUCUAACUAGAACUGUAGUAGAAUUGGCCAAAAAAUACAAUGUUUUGCUAAAAAAUGAAGACUUUGUCUGCAGCCAAGUUGGAAAAGCAAAUGAGGAUGGCAAACAACUAAUCAAAGUUAAGUUCAAUAAGGAGAGUGAUAAGGAGCGAAUAAUGAAGUCAAAGAAGGAAAUAAACCUCAAAGCUGAUGUUUUGCGUUUAUCUACUGACAGUGACAUUUACAUAAAUGAUGAGCUAACGAAAUGUAACAGAAACCUUUUUACAGAAGCCAGAAAGAAGGGUAUAAAUUUGUAUGGUGCAAGAAAGGUGUGA